UCAUUCUCAAUUUUCAUCAUCACCCCAAGUCCCAAGAUAUAGAAUAAAAUAGGAAGAAAAAAAUGGAAGCAAUUUCUUCAAAGAUCCUUCUCAUAAUUUUUUCCUUUGGUUUAAUCAUACACUCUAUCCAAGCAAAUGAAAGACCAUACCAACAAUCCAACAAAUUAUUCAUUAGAAAUACAUUAUUCAUUAGAAAUUCUUGUCGCUCCACAUCUUAUCCAAGACUAUGCUAUGUCUCCCUAUUGAAGCAUGCUCAUUUCAUUCAAACAAAUCACAUGCUUUUAACGGGCGCGUCUCUAAAUGUGACUCUUGCAGCGGCGAAAUCAACUUCGGCUUUGAUAUCAACGCUCGCUAAAAGCCAUGGGUUGAAGCCAAGAGAGGUUGCGGCUAUGAAGGAUUGUGUUGAAGUGCUAAGUGAUUCUUUAGAUGAACUCCGAAGGUCUAUCAAUGAAAUGAGUCAUAUUAGGGCUUCAAAUUUUGAGCUAACGAUAAGCGAUGUACAAACUUGGGUUAGUGCUGCUUUGACGGAUCAGAGCACUUGUACCGACGGAUUCGAAGAGAUCAAUUCCAAGGGCAAUAUUAAGACAAUAGUGAGAAGGAUAAUUGUACAAGUAGCUCAAAUGACUAGCAAUGCUUUGGCUUUGAUAAAUAAACUUGCCACUUCUAAAUAAACUUGCCAUUUUACAUGAUUAAAGUAGCUCAAUUAAGGUCUAUAGUUUUUGCAGCUUCAAAAUUGGAGCAUUGUUGAUGUAAUUGAUGUUGCAUAUUCUCAAGUUAUGCAGCAUCAAAGUUGGUAUACUUCAACUCAAUUAGUGCGCAUAAGAUUGUAAAUUUGUAGCCAUUAAUUAUUGAGAUUUAUGCCAACCACACAAGUGAGUGAAA